UGCCCUGGGACGGCACGGCGCCGGUGCUGGAACACCACGCGGAGGCGGCCCCGCUGGCGCAGCUGGGCUGCGGCCUCUGCCCGCGACUCGGCUUCAGCUCGCGCGCCGACCUCAUGGCGCACCUCUGGCUUCGGCACCCGCAGACGCGGGAGCGCUACCCGACCCAGUUCGUCACCAGCAAGCAGCUGUACGAGCUGGCGCACUGCACGCUGUGCUUCGGCGCCGGCUCGCUGACGGCCGGCCGGCGCGACGCCUUUCUCCAGCACUGGGACGCGUGCCACGUGACCUGUCAGAUGGCCUCCGAACACGCGGCGCACGUGUGCGACGUGUGCCUGGCGGAGUUCGGCAGAGAGGAGGACAGGGAUCGACACGUGGCCGAGACGCACGCGCGCCACGUGCCGCAGCAGCGCACGUGCGGCACGUGUGGCGCCUGCGUGAGAGGCACGCAGAACUACAUUCGCCAUCUGCGCGUGCACUACACUGAGUACAAGUUCGCUUGCAACUGGUGUCCCAACUUCAGGAGCAGGGACGCCGACACUAUGCAGGCGCACCUCGAGACCCACGAGCGCCGCUUUCUGCGCUGCGGCCUGUGCACGUUCCACACGCGCACGUUCCGCACGGCCACCGACCAUCUGCGCGUGCACCUGCAGCUGCCGCUGCACGUGUGCGCCACGUGCGGCUACCGCGCCUACUCGAGCAGCCGCUACUUCAACCACCUGGAUUCGCACGGAGGCCGCCGUCACCGCUGCAACAUCUGUAAUGCAGAGUUCACCAGCCUGCUGAGGAAAGCGCGCCACAAGACCCUGGUGCACCGGCGGCCGGCGGCGUUCACCUGCGAGCGGUGCGGCCUCGUGCUCUCCAGCACGUUCAGGCUGCGCCGCCACCAGGCCUCGCACACCGGCCACAAGCCGUUCCGCUGCCAGCUGUGCGGCAAGCGGCUCUCCAGCAGACAGUCGCUGCAGAACCACGCCCGCGUCUGCCCCGAGAACGACGAGCCGUUCCGCGCCGCCGCCGUCGUGGAGGUUGUGACCACGUGA